CCUCGCCCAUGGCAAAACAAAUAAACAACCCCCGGCUGAAGCCAUCGAACAAAAAUAUUAGAUACCAUACGGGCAAGCCAUAAUGUCGAAGCCGACCCUCGCGCCGAAUUCAAUUACCUCUUUCUGGCGGACGCAACCGCAUGCGCUGGAUAGUCAUCGGUCAACCGAGACCCUGCCCACUGAAGCAGAUAUUGUUGUGAUCGGUGCCGGAUACGCGGGCGCGUCUGUUACACACCAUAUCCUUGAACAGACGGAAGCUGCAAAUACACCGUCGAUUGUCAUCCUCGAGGGUCGAGAGGCGUGUUCGGGGGCGACGGGGCGGAAUGGCGGCCACCUAAAGCCAGACUCCUACAACCGCAUCGCAACCCUGGCAGAAGAAUACGGAAUUGAAGCCGCGACCGAGGUGGCCGAGUUCGAGGCGCGGCAUGUCAAUGCGAUUCGAGAUCUCGUGGAGAAGGAAGGUAUCGACUGCGACCUCGGGGUGACGGAGGCCGUCGAUGUGCAGUUUAGCGAGACUCAUGCGCGGAAGUUGAAGGAUGGCUAUGAUCGGCUCGUUGCGGCGGGGUGUGGGCCGACGGUUCGGACGAGAUAUACUGGGCCCAGGGAAGCGGAAGAGUUCUCCGGCGUCAAAGGCGCAGUGGCCUGCUUCUCCUACGCAGCCGGGCAUCUCUGGCCGUACAAGCUUAUCAUGCACCUCCUGCAAAAAGCCAUCGAGCGCGGCGUAAAUUUGCAGACACACACGCCCGUCACAUCGAUCGAGAAAACCACCAGCCAAGUCUCAACCCACGGCUGGAAAAUACACACCACACGCGGCCCAAUCCUGGCCAAAAAACUCAUCGUCGCAACCAACGGCUACACGUCCGCCAUCCUCCCACAAUACCGCGGCAAAAUCGUGCCGGUGCGCGGGACAUGUAGUCGCAUUGUUGCCCCUCCGAUUGGAACAAUGCCAAAACUAACGCGGACGUACACGAUCCGGCAUAAUGCCUGGAACUACGAUUACUUGAUUCCUCGCGAUGACGGUAGUAUCGUUGUCGGUGGGGCAAGACCGGCGUUCAUCGAUAAUCCGGAUAGCUGGUAUAACGUUAGCGACGAUAGCCGGGUGCUAGAGGAUGCGGUCCGGUAUUUCGAUGGAUACAUGCAGAGGUAUUUCAAGGGUUGGGAGGGGAGCUGUGCGUAUACGGAUCGGGUUUGGACGGGGAUCAUGGGAUACUCGUCUGAUGGCCUUCCGCAUGUUGGCCUCGUUCCUGGAGAGGAGGAUCAGUGGAUUAUUGGAGGGUUCACGGGGCAUGGGAUGCCGCAGGUUUUCCUUGCGGCGGAGGGGAUUGCGAAGAUGGUCAUGCAGGGGUGGAACUUCCAGGAGACCGGGCUGCCAAGGCUCUUCCAGACGACGCAGACGAGACUUGAUGCAAAGGGGAGCUCGAUAUCCAAUGCCGUAUUCAAGCAGGGGACUGUCGACGCUAAGCUUUAG